CAACCUGGAGAUAAAGACUCACGUGAGCGUUGUUCUGGUCACUCCUGUUGCGGGAUAUCCUUCUGUCACUGCCGAUGUUGUUCUAAACUACGUGAGCGCUGACAAUAAGUCCCACAGCUCCAGGAACCUGACCAAUUUGUUUGUCUGACAUCGGUGUGUGGAGACUGAGUGUAUCCAGCUAAAGAAACAAGAUGUCCUUACAAGUUCUAUGUCUCUGUGUCGCUCUCUCCACGAAACUCACCUCUGGCCAAUAUUCAGGGUGACCAAGAGCUAAGAAUAGACUUUGUGUACGGAGGCAUCAACUAUGUCCACACGUAUUUCCCCUUUCGCGUGGCACCUGUUCAAGAAAACUUCCGGUUACUCCUGGGAUCCUACAGAGACGAUAUUUUCUAUUCGUUUCACAAUGGUGCAGUGUUUUCUACCAAGUACAAUGACAAGACCAGCGUGAAAUGCCCCUUUGAGUACAACAGCGGAUGGUGGUAUACUGCUUGUCAUAGAGUACAAUUGAACAAUGUCUGGGGCGAAACUGCGUAUGCUAAAAUGUUGGUAUGGAACACUACCACAAGUUUUCGGGAAGGAGUCGAGUUCGUCACCAUGAAAAUCCGACGCCGCGCUAACAAGUGAGAUUCUCAGUCUGCGUGUAUUUUGAAUAACUCCAACACAGCUCGUUUUCUGGACAAAACAAUAUUGGAAACAAAAAGUACGAAAUGAAUAUUUUUCAAAAUGCUCUAAAAAGGUUCUUUUCUCUCGUCGUUUCAGUCACCGAAAUGAUUGACAAACUACGAGCAGAGAUGACAGGCUUGACUUAUUAAUAAAAUCUUGUGUUUCUGGGAGUUUCAACAUGCGCUUCCUGGAUCGUAAAGAGACUUCCUGAUGUUCUUGUUUUUUUCGUUAUAUAAUUUACCCAGUUUUGUAUUCCAAGUUAUUCAAUUCUAUGCUGUAUGCAGUACACAGUACUCUUAUCUUGUCCAUUGAAAAAUUAUGUACUUACAGUCAGAAUUUUAUCAGGUGAAUUUCGUCGAUGAUUUGUUCAGUAUUUUUUCUCCUUCUCUUUUGGCUCUGAAUAAAAUCUUUCUUGUUUUAA